UCCUUCGCUUCAAUCUCUGUCGCCCUCUGGCCUGCAGGCCUUGGGAGAUCCGUAGGGAGGACGCCGGGAUACCCGGAAGCCGGGAGAUGACACAUUGCUGGUCUGGAGGGGAAAAGGCAGAAAUGAUUCCUCUCCUCUGGAUUAAGUUCCACUUGUGAAAGGAGAAAAACUAUCCCAAAGGACAAGGAUAACGCACCUGAGGGAGAUGGUGUAAGAACCCACAAGAAGCAUCUCAGGUACACGGGAGAGCAAGUUCAGUGUCUCCUGAGAAGGUGGUCACCAGGUGUGACUUGUCCAGAUAUCUCACCUCAGGAGAAAUCCAAGAAGAGGAGGAAGAGGAAGAAAUGGCUGGUUCUCAGGGGCUGUUGACAUUCAGGGAUGUGGCCAUAGAAUUCUCUCCAGAGGAGUGGGAAUGCCUGGACCCUGCUCAGCGGGUUUUGUACAGGAAUGUGAUGUUAGAGAACCACAGAAACCUGUUUUUUCUGGGCCUUGCUGUCUCUAAGCCAGACCUGAUCACGUGCCUGGAGCAAAGGAAAGAGCCUUGGAAUGUGAAGAGACACAUCACAUUAGUCAAACCUCCAGGUAGGUGGGAGGAAUGUAGCAGAUGACACAGGUCGAGGGAGCAGAGCUUGAAGUGUUGUUUGGGAAAGUGGAUUGCUACAAU